AUGAAACCUGUGGAAAAGCUGCGAAACUUCGCACUUCACAAAAGCGAUGCGAAGGAGAAGAAAGAACAUCAACCUUCAGCGCAUUUGGAUGGGGUUGCUCAGGUGGCUUAUUGUGUUGUUAUCUCCGACGACUACUGUGUUCUAAUUGGAAAGUCAUAUGUUCAGUUUCAGACUCUUCACCGAUAUAAUGUUCUCACAUCCCUUGCAACAAUGGUUGUUUUUGCAGUUAGAUCAGGUGGAUGCUCCAUUUCCUCGAGCUUCAAAGUCAGAGGAUGCAGUGAUAAAUCUUGGCAGAAACCAGGGGGAAGGUUCUCAGGCAGCAGUGUCGGGUGGGCAGCCAUUCUUCUCCAGUAUUUGCAUUUUGCAGAGAAGUUUAAUUUGAUCCGGCUGAAAGGACAAGAGAAAUGCGACCAUCCACGACGAAGUUUCACACAUGUGCUACCUACUCCAGCUGAUGCAAAACGUCCAAAUUCAAGAAUAAACACUGCUGUCAUCCAAUCAAAUCCUACUAGCCUUGGUGGAAGCAGCCGGAAUUUAUGGGAAUUCAUCCCCACUGGACACUGA